UCCGUAAACAUGGUAGAAAACAUAUGCGUUGGCAGCCGAGUUCAAGCAUUAGACAGUUUAGGAAGGUGGGAAAAUGCAUGGGUUGUAGCAAAAUUAGACAACGGCAGCACUAAAGUGUCUUUUCCAGGAUGGUCUUCGGAAUGGACCGUGAGGUUGAUGCUGAUGACAUCCGGAAACCAAUUCAGCCUUUAGAUGAACAGUUCAAACAGUGCGCAGAGCGAACUGGUCGCAGAAAUGUAGCAAAAACGAAGGCUACAAAUGAAAGCACUACGACUGCUAACUUCAGAUGAUGAUGUGAUAGUUGCAGGUGAAUCUCUGAAGGUCUGUCAAAUAGACAGGUUUGGUCAGUCUCUACUUACAAUCAGAAAUGGAAGUAAAGAAAGCACUGAGAUCCAGAUAGAAGAAGAAAAUAAAAGCGGCAAUACAGUCGUUCAGAGAGGCAGAAACGGAAGAGUUUUGCUGUUAUUUGUGAGCCGCAGCCCAAAGCUGUUCAAACAUAAUUGUUUGUUAAAGGGAUGUGACUUGACGGUGGCAGUAACCGACCUUGAUCUGUUCAAAUUCCAAGCUCAAGGUAUAUUACGUUUUGGUUUGGACACACUGGAUACAGAAUGCACAAUCACCAUUCCUGUAAACAGGUAUCAUAGAUAUAUGUGGAACGGAUAAACAUAUGUAUGAAAAUUUGAGAAAGAAAGCUAAAACUAUGGAAAAUAUGGUAAUGUUGCCAUAUACAGUAGUGCUCUGAAAUCCUUUACCAUCUACACGCAAGCGAACCGCGAUUGAAACUCAAGUAACUCACGGUUAAUGGGCUAUCAUCGAUUGGUAAUACGAUAACCUUUAGCAAGAAAACGAGAUUCGAUACCCAGUCAGGAAUUAAGGCAUGAUGUAAAACGUCUUUUUAUUAACUGUGCGAACUACCAUGAUCCGUUUUUUAAGCGUUACAAAAUUCAAAUAAAAGGUCGGGUAUCAACAUACUGUAGUUAUGAUAUACCGUCGGCCUACUUAAACUAAGCAUUGGCCAAACAGAUUUAUAUGUAUAGGCCUAGUAUUAUGCUAGUAUGGUACAGAAUUUUUUUUUUGAAUGAUAAGAAAGAACACAUUUAACAUUAUCAAACGGAAAUGACACUUGACCAUAUAAAAAAAGAAGAAAACCUCUUAUGAAAGUGUACUGAAGUGAGUGUGUAGUAAAUUCAAUAGGGCUUAUAAGAUAACUUUUAUUCCAUUAAAGGGAAACUUUGGAAUAUAUUAGCUGGUGAAAUUCGUAAUUAAGUUUUUGUCUGUUAAUUCUUUUAAAAUCAAACUUUUAAAUUACUGUAUUUCAAUAAGUAAUUUUAAAUAACUUCCAUUGAAUUGAACAUCUUUGUAGUUGGUCGCUUUCUUACUGUUACUGGUAAUUGUUCUGUUUAUAUCUGUACUGUUAUGAGCUGGCCAACUUGUAUAAAUGUCUAUCACCUGUUUGGUUUUUCCUUGCCUUGUUUUUUUAUUGUUUUGAAAUAAUGUAUAUGGUAGAAAUUUGAAUAAAAAUAAUAUAUAAAACUAUAGGCUUUACAUGAAUGCAGUCAUUAUAGAUAUUCCUAUAAAAAAAGUAUAGGAUGGAUAUGCCUAUCAUUGUUUGUUAUUAAAUAAGGCACCAAGCGGUACGUACAACAUCUGUAAGAAGCAAUCAAAUCCGUUAAAUGGAAUAUUUUAACAUUUUAUAUUUAUCAAGAGUUUGUUACAGCGCGCGGUAAAAACAGUUUGUGAAUGGAGUAUUUUAUUUGCUGUGGUAUUUGCACUACACGUUUGUUAUGGCCGCCAUGGGAAUGAAAGUAAUUUCGCAGUCAUUCAUGAUUAAGGAAACAUAUCAAUCACUAAGUCGAUUUAUUUAGAGUGUUAGUCAGUUGUUACAAUAUUGUCUACCAUUGCACCCCAAAUUACU